UGAUUGGCUGGAGGGGCAGAGGCGGGGCUUCGUAGGGCGCGCCCGGGACAAAUUUGGUUGGGGGCUCUCGGGACCCGGCGAGGCGCGCGUCCGGGCGGCUAGCAUGGAAGGAACUAGUGGCGACUUCCGGAAAGAGCUGGUGGGCAAGCUGCUGCAGCUGCAUUUUAAGGACGACAAGACCAAAGUCAGCGGGGACGCGUUGCGGCUCAUGGCAGAGCUGCUGAAGAUCUUCGUUGUGGAAGCGGCCAUCCGCAGUGUCCGGCAGGCCCAGGCGGAGGACCUGGCUCUCGUGGACGUGGACCAGCUGGAGAAGGUGUUGCCUCAGCUGGUAGGCGGCCUCUGGUGGGGCCUGGGCCCUGCCCUCCCGGGAGCAGGGGCGAAGCUCUCGCCUGUGCCGGGAAGUGGCAGGAUGCCCACCGGAGCAGGUGGCCUGUGUGCCUCUCCCCGGGAGCAGAGCCACGCAUGGUCCUGGUGCCCCAGGUCAAGGCUGCUGCGGAACCUUUCAGCCAUCUGAUACUCUGCUCAGAAGAUGCUUCCCUGAGCUAUAAAUUUGUUCUCACAAGGCAACCUCAGUAAAUCGAAGCCGCCCCUCA